CAUGUCCACCACCACAUGCCAAGUGGUGGGCUUCCUCCUGUCCAUCCUGGGCCUGGCGGGCUGCAUCACCGCCACGGGGAUGGACAUGUGGAGCACCCAGGACCUGUACGACAGCCCGGUCACCUCCGUGUUCCAGUACGAAGGGCUCUGGCGGAGCUGUGUGAGGCAGAGCUCAGGGUUCACCGAAUGCCGGCCCUUCUUCACCAUCUUGGGCCUUCCAGCCAUGCUGCAGGCGGUGCGAGCCCUGAUGAUCGUGGGCAUCGUCCUGGGUGCCAUCGGCCUCCUGGUGUCCAUCUUUGCCCUGAAGUGCAUCCGCAUUGGCAGCAUGGAGGACUCUGCCAAAGCCAACAUGACACUGACCUCUGGAAUCAUGUUCAUUAUCUCAGGUCUUUGUGCAAUCGCUGGAGUGUCCGUGUUUGCCAACAUGCUGGUUACUAACUUCUGGAUGUCUACAGCUAACAUGUACUCUGGCAUGGGUGGAAUGGUGCAGACUGUUCAAACCAGGUACACCUUUGGUUCAGCUCUGUUCGUGGGCUGGGUCGCUGGAGGCCUCACGCUAAUUGGGGGAGUAAUGAUGUGCAUCGCCUGCCGGGGCCUGGCACCCCAUGAAACCACUUACAGAGCCGUGUCUUAUCAUGCCUCGGGCCCCAAUGUCGCCUAUAAGACCGGAGGUAUCAAGGCCAGCUCUGGCUUUGGGCCCACCACCAAAAACAAGAAGAUAUACGAUGGGGGUGCUCGCACAGAGGACGAGGUACAAUCUCAUCCUUCCAAGUAUGACUACGUGUAGCACUCCAAGAC